AUGCUAUUGGACGAUAUCCUUUCAGUAGAGGGUCAGCGGUCACUAAGCCGCGUUACUUGUUCAAUUUCUAACAUAAGUAUCUCUCUAGGUCAUGAUAUAUUUCAAAAUCCUGUGAGUCUUGCAUGUGAACAUUGCUUUUGUCGACGGUGUGUGAAUGGUACAAGGAAACCACUUUCACCAGCAACAGGAGAUUUAACAGUCAUACCAAACGGUGAACGAUCAGCUCCAACCUCAAGAUUAGUUUAUAAGCCAACGCAUUUCGAGAAAGAUGUUUGUUUUGUCUGUGCGAUGUGUCGUGCUGAGUCGUUCGGAUUCUAUGAAUGUAAAGACUUACAAUCCGAUCUAGAAACGCUUGAAGCACCUUGCACCAAUUGUAAUAAAUCAUUAGUUUUAUGUGAGUUACGAAGACAUUCAGAGAAAUGUGUACCACCAAAAAAAACGGUCAACGCCGCAGCCAUUAAAAGGGCUAUUACGUCUGACUUCUUGAAACAAUUAUCCGCACCGCAAGCAAAAGCGUUGGAAAAAGCAAGAAGUGGACAAAAUCGGUCAACAUUUCAAUGUCCUUAUUGUGAAAGAGCAAAUUUCACAAUUGAACACAUGUGUAGACACAUAGAAAAACAUCAUUUAGACGAGAAUCCACGUCGAGUAUGUCCGGUGUGUUCGUCAAUGCCUUGGGGUAACCAAUACCAACAGUCUUCAAACGUUUACGAGCAUCUUCUUCAACGCCAUCGAUUUGACUAUAGUACAUACGUGAAAUACGAUCAAGACGAAGAAGCCAUGAUGGCUGAAGCUAUCGAAAAAUCAAUGAUGCAACACUGA